UUCCUCUUUUACGAUUUCCCUGUCUUAGUACAUCUUUGUGUUAUUACAGCAUAUCUUGACCAGUAAGAGUCACAUUAACAGCCAGUGGCCUUUAACCCCUUCUGCUGUGUAGUGAUAAGGUGUUCACGUCACUGCCUGUAACCUCAAUGAGCUGUCCUAACUUAAAUGGGUCAAUAAGGCUGUAAAAAAGUCUUUUGCAAGUCGACGCUCUUCUUGACCUGCACUACAUGACUUGUGCUUGACGGCGUGAAGCCUCAUUUAGAAAUUACAACUGCCAUGGUCAAUUUCUAUCCGAUGAUUGAGAUUCCCUUGUUGUGUUUUGGUAUCGUUCUGUGGAUCUUAUGCUGCUAUUUUGCAAAGAAACGUAGAGAAGCAAACCAGGAAGAAGAAGAAGAAGGCAGAAACCUGAGGCACACUGACUCUCCAUCUGUAUACAUCAUCCCCGUGUAUGAGGAGGAGCAGGACGAGGAACAAAUGGACAUAUAUGAAGCAUAUUUUCAACCUCCUAACGGAAACCCUCCCAUGUACUGCUCAAGGAACCUCACCCCACCUCCUCCAUACAGUCUCGAGCCACCAUCUGAUCCUGACCAACCACCGUCAUACACAGACCCUCCACCUUACUCAGAGAUCCUCCCUGACCUUCCUCCUCCUCCGCUUCAAACACCCCGCUAGCCCGAACACAUCGUCUUUUUUUUUACCACAGGGAAGGUCUAUGUAAUCAAGCCAAGAGUCAAGAAGAUUUUGACAUUGUGAAAUGAUGUUGAGAAAUUAUUUCAAAACAUGGUUGCGAAGUACAAACUCACAGAGAAAAACUGUGAAAGUCAAAGUUCCCACGCGGAGCCUGACACUGAACGCAUUUAUGUUACAACGACGGUUUUCAAUCCUGCCUUUGCAACUGAAAUCAGGCCAGAAAUGUACAAUUUAAAUGUUCUUUUUCUAAAUGGACAAAAAGUUUCUGUUUUGAAAAGACUUGUUGUAAUCUCACUGCUGAUAUUUCUCAACAGAUCACUUCUUGGCACAAGUUUUUCUGAGCAUAUUAUUAUUCGGCUCUAAAUAGAUCGUCCUUUCUACAUGGUGGGAUCUUUACUUGACUGAUGUAAAUACUGAAAUUUCAAAGGCAAACCAGUAAUAACCCACCAAACCGCCUCCGUAUGUACAGCAUGCAUGUUUUUGCACUUUGAAAUUACAUUUUUAUGCUAAGCCUGUUAUUGUUUAUAUGUUUCAAUAAUUCUGCUCAGUGUUUACAUUACUGUCACUGUAAACAUUAUUUGCAAUAUUGUUUAUACUUAUGAAUGACAUGAAUUUAAGUUUAAUCACACUUCAA